AUGCUGCGCAGCCCUCCGCGCCCGCGGCCCGCCCCGGCGCCCCACAAGACCCCGUUCCACAUCGAAGCGCUGCUCGCCCGGGACCCUCCGCGCCGCGGCCCCGUCGCCUUCACCUCCGUUCCCCCGGCCCCGGUGGCUCCGCACUGGCCCGCGGCGGGUCCCGGGCUGGGGCUGGGACCGGGACCGGGAUCGGGAUUGGGGCCGGGACCCGGAGGUUGGGGCUGGGGCUGGGGCUGCGCGGCCAUGCGGGGCGGUGCAGGUCUGGAGUUGUCUCACUGUGUAGGAGCCAACUCACUGGGUCCUACUGUGCCCUGGAGGCCUGGGGGGCCCUGCAAGAUGAAGAGGGUCCGCACUGUCUUCAAGCCCGAGCAGCUGGAGCGGCUGGAGCAGGAGUUCCUCAAGCAGCAGUACAUGGUGGGCACGGAGCGAGUGGACCUGGCUGCAACCCUGCACCUCACAGAGACCCAGGUGAAAGUGUGGUUCCAGAACCGGAGGAUCAAGUGGAGGAAGCAGAGCAUGGAGCAGAAGGCAGCAAAGCUGUCCCAGUUUGGGGUGAUACAGCCUGCCAGCGCGGACUCCACCGACACCAAGGACCGCGAGGAGGACACCGUGGACGUUGAGCUUUGAACAGCUCCUGAGACUCGGGUGGUUUCUGAGCCGUGUCUGCUUGAAGGAGAUACCAGGGAUGCAGGAACAUCUUUGCUCCAAGUGAGACACGCUCCGGAUCCAAAAGCUGGAGCUCUACAGGACUAAACUGCAGCUGGCUGGGAGAGGAACCCCAUGAAUAUUGUUGGGCUGCUGUUUGCUGACAUUCCUGGGGCUUCCAUCACCAGGCUGGUUGUACUUGAAGGUGCCAUGGCUAUGGCAUGGUACAUAGCAUGUGAUCUGUUUGCUCUUGAAGGACCAUGAACAGUUUCCAGCAGAGAAGCUGGGGUGGGUGACAAUCAUACGAUGUCUUUGGAUGUGAGCAUAAGGGCGUUUAAACGUGGGCUCACUUGUGUUGUGUGUGGUUGUGUGCUCCUAGGAGGGAGAUCUGUGAUUUUCCUUGGAGGAGAAUCAACCCUGAUUGGUUUUUUUUCUGGUUAACUCUCACAUUUGAUGCCUUGAUCACCACAAAAACCCCUAUGACAACUGGAAAGCCCUUUGCUCCCACCCACAGGCUACUGUUGCAAUAAGAUGCACAGGGUCUGAUCCUGCCCCUGGAACAGAAGUGCCUCCUCUUGUCCUGUGCCUUGCUUUUGCUGCCUUUUUGACUUCCCAAACCUGGAGGGCAGAUCCCGGGGGGGGGGUUUCUCUGCCUUGUAGCAUUGCCUUACUUCACCCAGGUGUGCGCCUGCUGCUGCAGCAGGGAGUGAAGCACUGGGGCGGGCUGAGGUGCAGGGAUUGGUUCUACAAAGGCAGCUCUCCAACACCUCUGGUACUUCAGAGGACCCCCUGCCCCUCGUCCAGAUGUGCUGAUUCUGGCCCUGUUGCUGUGUUCUCUCCUCAUUAUACACCCAGGUGCUGUAGGAAACAGCUGGAGUGUUCAGGGAGCACAUCUGUAACCCCCAAUGCAGUCACAGUUGUGGUUCUGGUGGGUGGGAGGCUUUGGGGGUCAGGACUAAGUACUUGACCCUUCCUGUCUGUGUGUUAGGCUGUCAGUGCUCAGGCUCUCACUUUGUCUUCCCAGGUCUGUCCUAAGUUACCAGGCACCACGUCCUGUCAGCUCAGGAUAACUUAUUCCCUCUCUUUCUGAGCAGGAACACUGUACAUCACUUUACUCUCCUGUUAUUUAUAGAAAUAACUUUUUUUUCCCCUUUAUUAAGUGUUAUUUAUUUGCUUUACUUCUUAAUAAAAAUCUAGUGUAUUUAAAAAAGAGAUGGGGCUGUGUGGAGGGGAGGAGAUUUGGGCAGCUCUGUGGUUUCUGAGCAAGCAACGCUACCUC